UCCCACAUGUUUUUCCUUAUCUAGUCCUAUACUUCAUAUAUCACUACCAUGACGUUCCCACGAUAAAACUCAAUACGUUUAACUUUGAUAAAAAAAUAUUAUUGCAAUGUCUACUUUACUCGAGGGUAUCAUAAUUUUAGAAGCAACUAAUAAACGGUUAAAAAAUAUCACUAACAUAUAGAGCUAAAUCGGAAAACGAUUCAUAGCGCCUUUGAUUGAACAUGAUCCCGCCGAUGUCUGUCAACAUAACAAGAAUUAAAACUUUACUAUUGAACAUAUUUAUUGACAGCUGGAUACUAAGGAUUUCACUGUGCUAGUUUUAUGGUGUAUUCGGCAGAUUGGAAGGGUCACCCAAGAAACACGUGCCUGUAGACGGUGAGAAAUCCGCUCCAGAGCUACGUCGACACGUGCCAGGAUGUCCAGAGAUGACAAGGGGACGAAUCAGCAGAGGAAGAUGGAGCGGGAGAUGCGUCUAGGAAUGAUGACGUCACGACGGGCCAUCAUGGAGCGGGAACGGGCGAUGGACGCCGCGCGCAAUCCGGGCGUCAGUCGCUUUGGGGACUGUCUGAUAAGCGUCAACUCCAAAGGCGACACCAUGCUUAAGUCCCACUUGCGUAAGCUCAACUCUGAGAUUCGACGAAUGGAGAUACAGCUAAACAGCAAAAUGAAACAUUUUGUGAAAACUAGUGCCGUCCUCAACCACGAACCGCUCAUACUCGUGGAGCGCCCCGCAUCGCCGGAAGCUGUGAAACGGGCCGCAAUAAUGACGCUUGAAAGGGACACGCACGGCUACCCAAGUGCGGGGGACGACGAUAAGCCCAGUUACAUGCGUCAGCUGCGAUCAAAAGCUAAGACUCCUUCGACCUUGACAACAAUCGACGCGUUUAUCGUUAAAACGCGCAAAAAGAAGAACGUAUGGGAAGACGCGGCCGACGGUAAGCCUCAGUUUCAGAGUACCGUCCGUCCGUACGCCAAGCUGACUCAACGCGAGGAGUCAGAUCUGCAGAAAGGUUACGAGUUACAUAAACCCAAAUUAGAGCCUAGCGGGUUUUCCGAUGGCGAGGAUGCGCCUUCAAAGAGGCUUCCGACGCCGAAGAAAAAGGUUAAACGGGUUUCUAGUGAUGAAAGUGACCUAAGCGACUUUGACGAGGUGGCCACACCGUUCAUAACGCAAAUGGCCGAAGUGCGGCACAAGAAAGGCGGUGUCCGUAAGGCACAGACAAUAGCAGAGAUCAGUCUGGCGAAGACGUCGCCAGUAGCGCGCACUCUUGACCCGACAGCCGACAACACUCUUAACAAUGAAAAGAAUGUCCGCUUCAAGUCGCCGCUUCUCAACUCAGCGCCGACAAGUCGGGAAAAGAAAACUGUGAAAAAGUCGAAAACAAAGGAAACGUUCUUCUUUGUUCAGCAGAGUUAACAUCAUGUUUGUCUCUCGUGUACCAUAUUAUAAUGAGGUGGUUAUAUGUAUUGCUGAUAUUGCGUUUCUCGACUUAAUUUAAGAUAUGCUACCGGUUUCAUCGGAGGGGACUUAUGGGGUUUGCGCUCUGUUUGUCAGUCAGUCAGUCCUUCAGUCCAUCAGUCAGUCAGUCCUUCAGUCCAUCAGUCUGUGAGUCUGUCACACUUUUCUGGAUCCUGCGAUAACUUUAAAAGUUCUUCAUAUUUUUUCAUGAAACUUGAAAUAUGGAUAGAUGGCAAUAUGGACAUUAUGCGCGUCAUUUUAUUUUGUUCCUACGUCAAAAAUUCUGGUUGCUAUUGCAACAAAUAAAAAAAAAUCUGACAAUGGUGGAGCCGGUAGGGGACAUAUAUUGCUUGGCAAUAGUCUUCUUUAAUAUGUUACAGUUGUCUGGUAUUGAAAGGGAGAUACGAUUUUGUCAAAUAUUUAUAAAAUUAUAUAACAUGUGUAAAACACUUAUUAUACAUAUAUUUCAAUAUAAUUUUAAUAAAAGUUAAGAAGAA